UGGUCCGCCUUGUCGUCGAGCCAAAAGUGGAGCACAGAUCCCAAUCUCCGUGCCCGCGAACUGGGCUCUAAAUCCGCCAUCUGCGCCGACCUCCAUGAGCCCGAAUACGCCAUGCGCGACGCUGAGAUCCGGGAUGCACUUACGCACCUUGUUUCUCUGAUCCAGGGCUUCAGUCGCGAGUUCUUUACUGGCGAGGUCCGUAUCCCUGCGCCUGACGGCAUUCUUCCAGCAUCAUUCUACGAGCAAAUGACGCCACAGACGGCCAAGGUGGUUCACUGCGUUGCGAGUGGUGGACCAGCGGGCCAGUGGGGAUGGCACGACUUGUUUCUUAACGAGGAGAAGAGACAGGCACUUGUAUGCGGAGUCAUCGGCAACGUGCUUGUAGAGCAGAUAUUUGAGAACGUGUGUUUCGGGUUCGGCGAGGAAGAGAAGGAUGCUUUUGCCGCUCUGGAGCGGGAAUUGAAAGAUGAGGAUGGCUUCACCCGACACUCCUGUUUCUCCCAGACCCUCCACAACCUCACUCACAACGCCACCACCCUCCCCCCUACCUCCUUCACAGCACACAUCCAAAUCAUCCUCACAGCACUAACCACACACCUCACCCCCCUCAUCUCCCUCAUCCAUCCUACCCCACUCUCCACCCUCCCAUCCCUCCUUCCCCCCUUAUUAAUCCUCACCACUCGCGCCGCCCUCCUUUCCCUACACAUGCGCCUUGACCCACACACACUCUACCGCUUCACCCCCUCUUUUAAAGAAGACACCUACACCUCCACCCGCAUGCAAUGCACGAACUUGACGCAGAUGCAGCAACUAUGCCCACACAACCAAACCUCCGUACUUACCCCCACCGAACAAGCCCGGCGCGCCACGCUCUCAAAAGCCGAGCUGCGCCGCAGCAAGGGCGAUCAGGCACUCACUCAAAUCAUCAUGUUCCGCGGCGUUGUCGUGUUUCGGAAGGGAGGCUGGGAAGAUGGCAACAGUACCGCGAAGAACGUGGUGUUUGAAAAGGAGGAGUUUGCCGAAGAAGGGUAUAGAGAGAGGCUUUUGACGAAGGUGUGGGUGUAUUGUCGGUGGGGGAGGGGUAUGGCGAAGGGCAUGGAUGAGGAGAUGGGGAGGAAAGUGCAUGGGGAUGCGUGGAGGGAAGGUGGGUUUGUCGAGUUUACGGGGUUGGAGGGGGUGUGGGAUUGGUUGGGGGAGGAG